CCUCCUCACCACAUAUCAUGCAUCACUCGCUCUCUUACCCCCGUCUCUAUCACAUUGUCACACUCAUCACAACUAAAUGAUAUAAGUCAGUCUCCAACCAUUCAUCACUUGAAUGCCAGAAACAGUGUCAUUUUCGCGAAGUUGGGAAACCAGAAGAACUGCGAUCGGCCUGCAAGCUUCCUGUCACUCCAGUCAUCACAGGCUGUUUUUAGUCAAGAUAAAAGCAAUGCAGACUCUUCCUGUCACAUCUACAGCGUACGUACAAUCCUGAAUAUUGAUCUACCAAUGCAUUCUCUUGAUAAAACGUCGACAAAAGCUCCAACAGCAUCUAGAGUCUGACAGCAAAGGUUCUUCUUCAACCUGAACAUCUCUACUCUACAGUGAACAUUCUCAGAAGACAUGGCUGACAUCGACUACAAAUCAAACACCAACACUGUCCUGAUCCUGCUUUUCGUCCUAUUGGGUCUUGUUGUGUUGCUUUUCUUUCUGUACAAGGUGCUGAACAAGGAGGCCAAAGGAGAAUACACCAUUCGGAGGAUGGUGUAUAAGGAGGGAGGGGUGAGGGACAGGGUGAGGGGUGUAGCCAUCGCUCUGGGGACCCGCAUCGGUAUCCAAAUGUGGCCUCACAGCGGAGCAAGUGAGGAUGAGGAAGAGAUGGAGGAGUUCCACAGCGAGGAGCGACAAAUGGAGCAGGGGAGCAGGAAGGAAGACAGUCACAGUGAUGAGGAGGAGGAGGAGGAAGAGGAGCAGGGAAAAGGAGACGCUUCCAGUUUGGAGAGUUCAGACGGAGGUGAACAAACCAGGCUGGUAGAUGAGACGGAGGCCAAGGGAAGCAAAGAGGAAAAGGAGGAGAAAGUGGGGGAUGGAGAGGGGAAAGGGGAGACGAGUGGGGGGGCUGGGUUGUUGAUAGACCUUAAACAGUUCUCUGGAAGUGCGAUCUGGUCUGAGGAGGAGGGAGGAGAGGGUAAAGACCGAGAUGUGACUGCACUGUAAACACACAUGAUAAAGAUUAGAACAGAACACACUUCUAUUAUACAGUCACAGAAAAAAUGAUUAGACCACCCCUUGUUUUCUUCAAUUUCUUGUUCAAUUUAAUGCCUGGUACAACUAAAGGUACAUUUGUUUGGACAAAUAUAAUGAUAACAACAAAAAUAGU